UGGCAGGGAGCCAGGCCUGAGUCAUGCUGCUCGCUCCCUCCCUCCAGCUCUUCACUCACCUCUGCACUGCACUCGCGGGAGGCUGCCUGCUGCAGGCAGUUGCUGCUGGCCUUGGACAAGCAUGAGCAGAGGGGCGAGCGGUUUCCGGCCCCACCUACACGGACGCCAGGCCUCCCUCCCUGCCGGACAGUCCUGCUUGGGUUAAUUAUAACUCUGACCUAAGUGCCCUGUGACGCCACACCCUGGCCCUGCUGGGAGACCCAGGCACCAGGUCCAUGUCUUAGCUAUGCACCCCACAAACGUUCCUGUAUGCCACCUGGGCCCCUCAGUGCUGCUGCUGUUGCAGCUGUUGCUGCCCCCCGCAUCUGCCUUCUUCCCCAACAUCUGGAGCCUUCUCGCUGCACCUGGCUCUGUUACCCACCAGGACCUGACCGAGGAGGCAGCACUCAAUGUCACCCUGCAGCUCUUCCUGGAACAUCCGCCCCCAGGCCGGCCACCCCUUCGCCUGGAGGACUUCCUGGGCCGUACCCUCCUUGCCGACGAUCUCUUUGCUGCCUACUUUGGACCUGGGUCUCCUUCCCGGAGGUUUCGAGCAGCCUUAGGCCAGGUGUCUCGUGCCAAUGCGGCCCAGGACUUCCUGCCCACUUCCAGGAACGAUCCUGAUCUCCACUUCGAUGCCGAGCGGCUGGGCCCGGGGCGCACGCGCCUGGUGGGGGCGCUGCGGGAGACUGUGGCCGCUGCCAGAGCCCUUGACUACACCGUGGCCCGCCAGCGCCUGGGGGCUGCUCUUCACGCCUUACAGGAUUUCUAUAGUCACAGCAACUGGGUGGAACUGGGGCAGCAGCAGCCACACCCUCACCUCCUCUGGCCAAGGAUGGAGCUCCAGAGCCUGGCACAAGUGGACGAUGCUACUUGCUCCGACUGCAAGGAGUUAAGCUGCCCUGGGAAUUUGCUGGGCUUCCCACUCCUCACCUCUGGCUACUUCGGAACUCAUCCCCCCAAGCCUCCAGGAAAAUGUAGCCACGGGGGUCAUUUUGACCAGAGCAGCUCCCAGCCACCACGGGGAGGCAUCAACAAGGACAGCACAGCCCCAGGCUUCUCCCCCCACCACAUGCUGCACCUCCAGGCUGCACAGCUGGCCCUUCUGGCCUCCAUUCAGGCCCUCAGCCUCCUGCAAAACCGCCUGGGAGACAAGGGUUUCUCCAGGCUGCUGGACAUCACCCCAGCCUCUGGCCUGAGCUUUGUUCUGGACACCACGGGCAGCAUGGGGGAGGAGAUCAACGCCGCCAAAAUCCAGGCUCGACGCAUUGUGGACCAGCGGCGCGGCAGCCCCAUGGAGCCCAGUCACUACAUCCUGGUGCCUUUCCAUGACCCAGGGUUUGGCCCUGUCUUUUCAACCAGUGACCCUGACAGCUUCUGGCAACAACUCAAUGAGAUCCACGCCUUGGGGGGCGGAGAUGAGCCAGAGAUGUGCCUUUCAGCCGUGGAGUGCUUUCCUCUCUGCCAGCUGGCCCUGUUGCACACCCCCCCACUUUCAGACAUCUUCGUCUUCACCGAUGCCUCCCCCAAGGAUGCUUUUCUCACCAACCGCGUGGAAUCUCUGACUCGGGAGCGGCGUUGCAGAGUAACGUUCUUGGUGACUGAAGACCCGUCAAGGGUUCAGGGCCGAACGCGGCGUGAGGUCUUAUCCCCUCAGCGUUUUGAGCCGUACGAAGCCGUGGCCUUAGCCUCAGGAGGAGAGGUGAUCUUCACCAAAGACCAGUACAUUCAGGAUGUGGCAGCCAUUGUGGGGGACAGCACGACUGACCUGGUGACCCUUCCCCUGGAGCGUUCUGCUGUGGUGCCUGGGAGGCCACUUGUGUUCAGUGUGGAUGGGCUGCUCCAGAAGGUCACAGUUCGGAUCCAUGGGGAGGUCAGCAGCUUCUGGAUCAGAAGCCCAGCAGGAGUCUCCCAGGGUCAGGAGGAAGGCCAGGGGCCUUUAGGUCACACUCGUAGAUUUGGGCAGUUCUGGAUGGUGACCAUGAGUGACCCCCCACAGACAGGAACCUGGGAGAUCCACAUCACAGCUGAGGGCACUCCCCGGGUGAGAGUGCAAGCCCAGACCACUCUGGACUUCCUCUUCCACUUUGGGAUCCCCGUGGAGGAUGGCCCCCACCCUGGCCUCUACCCCCUGACUCAGCCUAUUGCAGGUCUCCAGACCCAGCUGCUGGUCGAAGUGACAGGGCUGGGCUCUGGGGGCAGCUCUGGAGAGCCGCUGGUGCGUUUCUCCCACGUCGUCCUUCGAGGGGUCUCGGAUGGCGUGGAGCUGGGCCGGGUGCCUCUGGACCCCACUGGACCCCCGGAGCGAGGUCUCUUAGCUGCAGUGCUCGGGCCCACCGUCCUGCCAGCGCGGGAGCCCUUCUCUCUGGAACUGAUUGGUCAGGACGCAGGGGGGCAGAGCCUGCACCGGGUGGCCCCCCAGUCCUGCACUGUGGCCCCCAUCCUUCUGGAGCUGAGUGGUCCCCCGGGUUUCCCAGUCCCGGGCAGCAGGGUCCAGCUCAGCCUUCGCGUCACCAGCUUCUCAGGCCCUCAGGAGCUGAAGCUUAGGACGUUUGUCAACCCCGGCUUUGCUGUCACCUCCAACCUCUCCAGGGCUCAUCUGGAACGGAAUGAGUCUGCCUGGGGACACAUGUGGUUGGAGGUCCCGGACUCUGCUGCCCCAGACUCCAUGGUAAUGGUGACUGUGACCGCAACCGGCCAGGAAACCAGCCCAGUGACCCCAACUCACGCCUUCCUCAGGCUCCUGGUAUUGGCCCCUGCCCCACAGGACCAGCACGCAGCCACCAUCCCGCCCCACUCUCCUGGCCCCAUCCUACUGAGGCCUAGUCCCUCCUUUCAUCCUUCUACAUUCGUGACUCUGGGCAGGGCUGCGGGGGUGCUGGCAGGCCAUCUCUGGUGGGGCACUGUUGGAGGGGUGCUACUCCUGCUGGGCCUGACCUCCUGCUGACACGCCUCCUGGAGGGCCACUUCCAUCGCUCUCACACCUCGCCCCUAGGUGACAAGGUGACCUGCCUCAGUACCCUGCCCUCCAUCUGGAAAGGAGGUUUUCCUUCUUGCACUUGCCCCCUCCCUCUUCGGAAGAGAUUUCCCCACAGUGUACUUUCCUUGACCCUGUGGAAUCAAACCAAAGACUCGUUUUGGGAGAAAGUUGCUUUUGAGUUCUCCUCAGCACCUUUUUUCUACCACUUAUCCAUGCUCAACAACGCUCAGGGGGAGGGGAAGCUAUUUGGGGAGGAGACAGCCUGCGCUGAGUGUGGGUACUAGGAACUGUUACUUAUAGAAUUGUUUUUAUUUGAAAUUCUGGAGAGGCUCCUAUUUUUAUAUUUAAAGUUGAAGGACCAUUUCAAUAGUCUUGUCCCAGAGAGACUUAAAAACAAAAUCAUAUAGCAGAGAGUUGAGGGCACCCAACACCAAGAUGAAAUGGAAGUUUUCAUUAGCUGAGAAGGAAACAGUGUUUGGAAUUUGGUUGACCUACUACAUGGAGACAUUUAGCUGUUGGGCCCAGAAGGAGCAGAAUGAAACUGGGGGUUCUGACAUAGUGUCCCCAUUUCCAACUAAGGGAAAUGAGAAAGGGCUUUAGACCCGGGUAGGACCCCUCCAUCCCUUGGGGCAAUCCAGCUGAACCAUCUCCCUCUUCGGCUGAAUGACUCCUUUCUGCCACGUGGACAACUCCUAAGGAAGAGAAGAGAAACAGUUUGGACAUCUGUGCCCACUGCAGCGUUACCCCUCACUACCACACCCCCCCAAAAAAAAUACACCACAUAUUUAGUUUACCUGUUGCUGCUACCAAUUCUGCUUCUUUGGCUUUCCAUUCCAGUCCUAGGUGGCAAGGAACUAGCCUUGACCAAGGGCCAUGGGGAGAUCUGAGGGGAAGUGAGUUUUUCUGUUAAGUCAAUGCCGAUCCCGUGAUUCCUUCCUGCCAUCACUUCUCAAGAAUUUCAACUAAAGAAAUAAACUCACCUUUUCCUGAAUCAGAUGCCACAAACACGUUCACCUUUUGAAUCCUAGCUAACUGGGAGCCACCAGGUUCUGAGUACAAAUCUGUUAGAAAAUCCUAGAGGAAGAGUUGGAGGCUGUUAACAUGUAGAAAAUUUGAAACCCACCUGUGACUCUUCUGUCACCACAGGCCAACCCUCCUCUCCAGCUGGGCCCCCUCCCCACCUCCCGGCCUCCUCCCCUCUCCAGGCAGGAGGAAAGUUGAAUACCCUCCAUCGCUAACAGUCCAGCUCCUCUCAGGAUGCACAGUGCCCCUUUCCCAUUCUUGCCAGGUCCUCCCUGUCCAUCCCUGACCCAGUAGAAUAAUCCAGCCACUCCCCAUCAUGGAGUGAUCUAAAUUGGGCCACAGUAAGUGGAAUGCAGACUCGCCUCUAAUCCCAUUAAUGAGCACCAGCCUCACACUUGGGGUAUCCCAUCCUUCCCAUGCUGAUUCCAAGUCACGGUCCCCGCCCAGUAACUCUUGCCAGGGUCAUCUCGGGCUGUGUCCACAAGGCCCUGCUCCCCAUCUCCAUACACCUCACAGCAGCCCCGUACCUCACCAGGAGCCCCCAGAUACAGCUGCUAAUGCUGUGCCUGUUUAGCCGUCCCUCAACCCAGGCCUGGCCAUGCUCCAGCAGCUCUAUCCCCUGCCACAGGGCCUCCGGUACCCUCUCCAGCGCGUACAUUCUCUGGAAAAGGCAAGAAGCAAGAGACUACUUGCUCUGCAGCUGGGCUCUGGGCCAUGGCCCUUUUUCUCAACCUUGGUUGGGUUCACUGUCUGGUCACUGAGUGAGAGCGCAGACUGGCCAGUGAGAUCCCAGAGGGCAGGAAACAGCAGAGGGCAAGACUUCUGACUCCUUAAAAUGGGGAAUAUGAGAGGCGGAUCUAGCAACAGGGGCUUCCCCUGGAGCCUCCUGAUUAACUAACAGCCUCCCAGCAGCAGCUCUGGGCCCACGGGUCUUGCUGGCUUGUCCCCAGAGGCAGCAGCAGGACUGCGUAGGGGCCGGCACCAGGGCAGCAUAGGGCCCUGGCUCCCCAUGGCUCUGAGGAAGACUAGUCCCUCUCUUCCUAUCCCCCCAACCCCCUCACCCAUCUGAGCUCUCCCUGCUGAGGUUGAGCUGUUCACACUUAGGGGAAAGAUCAUCUCUUGGGCUCCUGUGUUCCCUGUCAUCUGGUUUUUGCUUUCCCACCUCUCCCCGCCAUUUUUUUUAAACAUUUUAAAAAUUGAUAAUGUGUUUUAGAAGGGUCUGUUUAAGUGGCUGGUUCUCAGAACCCUUGAGCAGAACCCAAGGCUCUCCCUACAGCGGUGUAGCUGCAUUUUUAAUGAAGCAUGUUUGAUCUCCUUCCUGUUCUUGCCUUGGAUAGUCUAUGGAAACAAACAAAAACUUUUUCUA